AUGGCGUCACUAGUGCUUUUAUUUAUUUUAUUUAAAUUCGUGUCCGGAAAUGAAAGCUAUGGAAGCAAUGGAAUCUUACACCAUCUGAAUAAUGGCAUAAAAUUUGCAAAAGACUUUUUAGGAUCGGAAUCUAUAACUAUGAAAGUUGCCGACUUCGUGGUUCGUGCCUUUCAAACCGAAAAACCAACAUUAAACAAGAGACGACCAAAUCAGGGAACUUUCGAGAGCAAUGAAGAUUAUUCAAAUGAAAAGCAAUCUUAUUACAACAUAGAUGAAGCUAAAUCUCCAACGUCACCUUUAAAACACAUCGUCAAACUUCUAGGUCUUCAGCCGAAUCAAAUAACUGCAGUGGCUGUCAAUGCUCUUAUAUUUGUAGCACAAAUGAUCACCACCUUUCUUGCUGGUCCUAAACACUCAAACAAACCACAAAGAUCCGACGAUCUCACCUCUUGGAUAUUAAACAAAAACUCAAGAAAGCUUCAAGAGAUUAUCGCGACCGCUAAGAAUGAUUCACUGCCCGACCUCAUUGAAGAUCUUAUCGACGAACAAGGAAACGACGAAGAAACAAGUUGCAUUCGUCUGUUAGUUUGCAAAAUAACUCCAUUCGUGAGCAAAAUGCAGGAAGCGGUGUUUGAUAAAGACAUUGUGAGAAGUAAUGAACAAACACGCGGGGCUUCAAUAAUGUACCAACAUUUACCGUCCUCCGAAGAAAUUCAUUCCAGAGGAGAAAUAUGCGAAAAGAAACAUAAAGAUUGCAGAUUAUACGACUAA